CAGGUUAUUAUCGUUGGUGCCGGUCUUGGAGGACUUGGUGCUGCCAUAGCUCUUCUGUUGGCAGGACAUGAUGUAGACGUAUUUGAGGCAGCUUCCGAGAUUUCUGAGGUUGGAGCUGGUAUCCAAAUACUUCCAAAUAGCAGUCGAGUCUUGCAAACCUGGGGAAUGCUUGACGAGUUGAGCAAGUACGCGACUAAACCAUCACAAGUCAACAUGAGACACUGGAAAGGCGAGAUCAUAUCCUCGCUGGAUUUUGCUGCUUCAGCAGCUCUCUAUCCAGGAACUUUUUACUGGGAUUUCCACCGCGCAAAUCUGCACAAGUGUCUCCUUCAGAGAGCAGUCGAGCUCGGUGCUAGGACAAUAGUCAAUGCUAGAGUUUCAGACGUGCAGGUGAGCGCCGAUGGGGAAACGGCAACUGUAGUGCUUCGGGAUGGACAAAGGCAUACUGCAGAUCUGGUCGUGGGAGCUGAUGGCAUUAACAGCCAUCUGAGAGAGAUCAUGAUGGGAAAAGUAGAUCCACCGACUCUUACUGGGGAUCUGGCGUAUAGGCUUCUCCUAUCGACGAAAGAGAUGCUGAAAGAUCCCGAGCUAGCUACUUUUGUGACGAAUCCCCAGGUGAACUACUGGAUGGGUCCAGAUGCACAUGCUGUCAACUAUGUUCUGCGUGGCGGCGAGCUCUUCAAUAUGGUUUUACUCGUACCAGACGACCUCCCCGAAGGGCAAAAUGUCACCGAGGGAAGCGUUGAAGAAAUGCGAGCUCUCUACAAAGACUGGGACCCAAGAAUACCGAAGCUGCUAAGUCUUUGCGAGUCGGUCUCCAAGUGGCGAUUGUGCAUCCGCACGGGCAUGGAGACCUGGUCGCAUCCUUCGGGAGCUUUCACCAUGCUGGGUGAUGCUGUGCACGCCACACUCCCCUACUUGGCUUCCGGAGCGGGUAUGUCUUUGGAAGAUGCUGCUGUUCUGGGGGAAGUCUUCUCGCGUCAUACCGCCGGUCCAUUUUCAGCGCAAAAGAAAAUCCAACUUCUCGAUAUCUACGAGAAAAUCAGAAAACCUCGGACAGUAAUGGUGGUCGAGAGAGGGAACACACAGCAGUAUUUAUAUCACUUGCAUGAUGGACCAGAACAGGAGAAAAGAGAUGAAAUUAUGAGAGCAGAAGCUCCUGGUGAUGCUUUAGCGUGGAAAGACAGCGCGUUUGCUCCUGGGUUGCUAGGAUGGGUGUGUGAGGAGGAGGUCGACCGUUACUUGCCACCGCUGGAAGCGGCUACAGAGAAUGAAAGGUCACGGCUGUAA